CAGUUAUUUUACAAAAAGGAGAACGAACGUUCGACCGGACGGAAUUAAAAGCGAUCGAAUCAAAAAGAGUACAUAUUCGUGAAAGAUGAACGACAUGCGUAGCGAAAAUAAGAGGGACAGGAAGCAACACGUCCAAGUUUUUGUUCGCGUCAGGCCGAUAAAUAAUGCCGAGAAAAUUGGGAAGUCGAUGACAGUUGUUGAUACCCCGUCCAACAAGGAAAUAUUUAUUCGUGAAAGGCCGCACGAUAAAUUUACGAAGAAAUUUACGUUCGACAGAGUAUUUGGAUCCUUCUCGACGCAAGUAGAAGUUUACAAUGCAGUCGUCCAUCCUAUGGUGGAGGAAGUUUUGGCUGGAUAUAAUUGUACAGUAUUUGCGUACGGUCAAACCGGUACUGGAAAAACUUUUACCAUGGAAGGCGUUGAUAUCGAUCCGUCGUUGCAUUGGCGAACAGAUAACAAUGUUGGAAUUAUACCCCGUGCUUUGAGCGACUUGUUCGACGAGUUACUCAUAAUGGCGGAACAAGAGUAUUCUAUAAGAGUGACCUUCUUAGAGUUGUAUAAUGAAGAAGUAUACGAUUUAUUAUCUCCCAGCGACGAUGCUGCUAAGAUUAGGAUAUACGAGGAUUCGACUAAAAAGGGAGCAGUAAUAGUACAUGGUUUACAGGAAGUGACGAUCUAUAAUAAAAUUGAUGUAUUUAGAAUUCUCCAGAAGGGAUCUGAAAAACGUCAGACAGCAGCCACGUUGGUGAAUGUGAAUUCCAGCCGGUCUCACACGAUAUUUUCUAUUACUGUUCACAUAAAGGAGAAUACUAUAGACGGAGAUGAACUUUUAAAGACAGGGAAAUUAAAUCUAGUUGAUUUAGCCGGUAGUGAAAAUGUCGGGAGAUCCGGGGCUGUAGAUCGAAGAGCCAGGGAAGCAGGGAAUAUUAAUCAGUCUCUGUUGACUCUUGGACGAGUUAUAACAGCACUUGUAGAGAAGACUCCGCACGUGCCUUACCGCGAAUCGAAAUUAACGCGAUUACUGCAAGAAUCGUUGGGUGGGCGCACGAGAACUUCGAUAAUCGCUACGGUGUCUCCUGCUAGCAUUAAUCUCGAAGAAACAUUGUCAACUCUGGAUUAUGCUCACCGUGCAAGAAACGUUACGAUUCGGCCGGAAAUCAAUCAGAAGUUUUCUAAAAAAGCUUUGCUACUAGAAUACACAGAAGAGAUCGAGAAAUUGAAGAAAGAUUUAGUGGUGACCCGCGAACGAAAUGGGGUUUAUUUAGCUCCAGACAAUUACAAUCAAAUGCAACUAUUAAUUAAUUAUCAAGACAAAGAAAUACAACAAAAGUUAAAUCAUAUUAAAGCGGUCGAAGACACCUUGAAGUACAAACAGCAAUUAUUUAAUGAUUUAAUGGUGAGAAAUUCUGAGCAAGCAAAUCAAUUGUUAAAUAUAAGAAAUCAAUUGCAUACCACGACGAAUGCAUUGAUGUCAGCCACGUCGAAUUUGACGGUGUCUAAACAGGAAAGCGAUGAGCAAAAGUACCUUGUCGAGAAACAUGCAACCACCGAAAAUGUUCUUUUGUCGCAAGUGGAAACAGUUUUGAAUGUCGUCGACACGGCCACUGCGGACGUACAUAAGCUUCAUGACAAAGUUUUUCGCAAAAUGGAGAUAGCACAGCGAAAUAGCAACGUUGGUCAACAAACUAAAAACAGUAUUAAAGAACGAUGCAGACAGGUUGAAAGCGACGUUGCAACGCACUCUGCGAGCGUGAUACAAUUUUGCGCGUCUCUGAAAGAGCAUAUUAAUGCAGAAAAUCGCGCGCUUAGCGAGCGCGUCGAUACAUUGGUUCAACGUACAUCCACGGAUCUCAUCAAUCCGUCGCGAAACAUAACUGAUGAAUUGAUGAGACACGUAAACAACUCUUAUUCCAGGCAUCAAGAGUGGCUCGAGGAAGAAAUUGAGAAUGUUACAGCCAUGACGGAACAAGAAUGUAGCAUGUUAAAUAAGGGUUGCGAUACCGCGCAGAAAAUUCAACAAUUAAUAAAUAACAAAUUGCCGGGAAAUUUGCGAGAUUUAAGUAACGAUGUCUCUGAAAAAAUUGAUAAUUUAAUAAAAACUACGAACAACUUUACGUUGUCGAUAUCCCAAUAUUCGAACGCGGAGCACAAUCGAUUAAAUAAUAAUGUUGAAGACAUUAGGAGAUACGUCGAAGAUAUUCGACAAAGGCAAAUGAACAUUAUGGAAAAACAGACAAAUUUCGCAAAGAUGAUGGUAGAUUUACAAAGUAGUUUUGUUAAGUUACGGGAGGAGGACGAGAAAAAUCAUUCUCUGGCGUGUGCCGCGUUAGAUAAUAUCGACGAAUCGUCCGAUCUUUUAAACAAUGAAGCUUUUAACACUUAUAGAGUAAAUGUAGAAAAAGAAAACAGUGUACGGGAUGAGCUUCAGUGUGACUUGCGAGCAAUAGAACAAACGGUUAAAGGGGAAACGGAAAAGUUGAGGAUAUUGUCAGAAAAUUCCAUUGCAGAAAGUAAAACGAUAGUCGGUGAAUUCGAAACGAGUUUGCAUAAUACUCGCGACACAUUAAUAGGUCACAAAAGUUGCACAGAGUGUAACAUGAAAGAAAUGCAGAACAAAAUGAAAGAAGACGAAGGUCUAAUUUUAUCAUCGAUCAACGGUAUGCACAUGACGAUUAAUGAUACGGGCAACGAACGUAUAAAAUGCUUAAAUGAUUGGAAAGCAUCGUUUAUAAAUACUUAUAUGGAAAUGAUAAAAAAACUUGAAAAUGGGAACACAAAUGUUGAAAACGCGAGUAGUAGAAUUACUGCGGAGAUUCAAGCGAUACGUGAUCGAGUCGACAAAUUUUUCACCGAUGAUUUAUAUCGAGAUGUACCAACAGGCUUAACCCCCGCGAGGAAAACUUUUAAAUACUCUAAAAAGCUGAUUAAAACAUCGCCGCCUGAUCGAAUCCUCAAAAGGUAUAGAGAAGCACUCAAAGAAUUGAAUAACAUCGAAGACGAAAAUAUACCAGUAUCGGAAAACGACACAUCGAUUAACGAAACUUUGAAGGAAAACUUGAAUAUACAUUGAAAAACAGUUUAGCUAAAAUCCCUCUAAUUAAGCAAACAAUCUGUCGUAAAUAAAUAUAAAGAUUUUAUUUUAUAAGGCAGCGUUUCAAC